AUGAUGUUGAACAUCACCCCGCGAAACUGCUGGAAAGGCGUUACACUCUUGGCAGCCGUCUUGGUCGGGUGGAAUGCUCGCGUUGCUGACGCGGCUGGUUCUGAUGACGCUUCUUCAUGUGAUAACGCUCCUUCUUCUAUGGAAACGGAAUCGACGCAAAUAACCAUCCGGCCCCAUAUCGACAUUGACCCCCGGGAAGUGCGCGUGUCUCCGGAAGAAUAUGCCGACUUUUGGGUCAAGCAACAAUACGGUGGGUCCUCGUCUUUCAUGCAGUACUUGGUCCUGUGGGCAGAGAAGCAGACAACGCAUGAAAAUGCGUCGUCUACUCACGGAGAUUCUGACGGGGAAGAAGAAGAUGAUCGACAUCAUAGAGGCGUUGGCCCUGCAGCAGCCGACGAUCUUCAGGGUCCACCUCGUCAUGGAGGGUCCCCCUCGAGUUCCUCUUCGAGCGCAUCCUCGCCUCCAGCCAUUAG